AUGUCUGUUGAGGAGACUGGACCUGUAUGGCGGAGGUCAGAGGUCGAGGCGUUGUAUGAGGCUGUGGUGGUGGAGAAGGUCUCCAAUCCGAGGUUGCUGGCCACGCGAUUCCCACGGCAUACAAAGGACAACAUCAAGGCUAUGCUGACCAGGCACGCGCCCGUGCUGGAGAUGGAUGCCCGGUUCUCAUCGUCGGCUAUGCUGCUAGCUGUGGUGGAAGAGGUUCAGGGCAUGCAGCCGUCAAGCCCACCAUCGAGCAAGAAGCGCGCCUCCGAGUCCGAGUCUGAUACCGAUGACUUUCGUCCAAGCAAGCGCAAGCGGUCGCUAAUGGCCGGUCGACGUCCGCAGGCUGCCGCUCUCGCCAGCGCAAAGAUUGCCACCCACAGUGCAGCAUGCUUUGUGGGUGACGUCGGCAUCGUCAACAUGUCGUCGCAGGGCUUGACCGUCGAGACGGAGGAGGCCCAGCUUGGACGGGCGGAGCAGAUCCAGGCCGCGCUGAGCGUCCUGGACACGUAUCGCGAGGACGAACCGUGUGCAGCCAUGAUUAGCACCAUGCUCGCCAGUCUGGCGGUAUCCAAGAAGCUCCGCAACUGGACCAACUAUGAGUUUCUGUACGCCGCCGUCGACGAGCCGUUUUUCGCCGAUAACCCGUUCGAGGCUGCGCUCGCCGAGCUCAAUGUCCACCCGCCGAGCAAAGACGAGCCGCUCCGUCUCACUCGGCCCGAGUGGCGGUAUUUGAGGUCACUCAUGCCGCGGCCACGGCGGUUUUCGGCCGCGUUCGUCCGUGACCAGCGGGCAGCGCUCAAAGCUGCGCGGCGUGCGGCGCGCCUCGCCCCAGAUGCCAUCAGCGUCGGCGCAUCGGUGCGGGCGUUGCACCCAGCGUCUGGCCUCGCCCACUCUGGGCGGGUUCUCGCGCGCGCCAAGGCUCGCCUUUGGGUCCAGUUCGACCGCGUCGAGCUCGGGACUGUCAUGGUCCACGACACAGAGGUGGCCCACAAGGUGACCAGCGCGACGACGGCAUCCGAGGCCAAUGAGGCCAACGCCACGCCGCUAUCGUCAGUCCGCAAGGCCCGGUCACGGUCGCGGUCGGAGUCUUGGCCAGCGACGCCGACCGGCCGCACCGUCAAAAAGCGGCUUAACAUGGAUAGCGAGGCGUCGGUCGCGCUGGCGCCGGUCCUGCCGGCUGUCGCUGCCGCCGCCGCCGCCAUCCGCGAAUGGGCGUCUGACCGCCCUGCGUCGUGGCCCAAACUCGAGACGGCGUUGACGGGUCUGGCGAACGUUGUUGCCGCUGUUGCCGCCAGCUCCAGCAUCCGGGCCGACGCCGUAUCGUCCGAGCUGGCGACUGCGGUCGCCGAGCUUGACGCCGCCGCUGCCGCCGUCCCGCUGGAGGGAGUUGCUGCCCACGCCAUCGAGCAGAAUGCUGAUAUUUCCGACCGCGGCCUGGCCGCCGCUGUCUCCGCGCUUCGCCUUUGCAGCUUGCUUCGGCUGCAGCGGCCGCAAGUGGCCAAGGUCUUGCGGCUUUGUCUGUAA